AUGACAUCGCCCGGAGAUGCUACUCCGGUCAAACCUCCGCCGUCCUUCUCCCCCGGCGUUGCGCGAGUCGCAUCCCCAUCACGAUACCCGGAGGAGCAUGAAUCAACUCAGUCUAUAGAUGUCCAACUGGCCGAAACCCAGUCAGCCUCAUCAUCAACCCCUCCUCUCUCAGCUACGAUUUCCGACUUACCAAACCGCUCCGGCUCGCCGCACUCGCGCUCUGGGAGAUCCUCCACCCCACACUUAGCCCGGUCAUCUAUCGGUUCGCCUUUCGAUGGACGGGCAGAUGGCUCGGAAGAUAUCAGAUCAUUGAUCAUUCGGUCUUUCUCGCCUACGAUCGCUGUUCAUGCAUCCGAGGAUACUGAUGACUUGGUGAGGAACAAAGGGUUCAAGGGAGGAUUUUGGGAGUUGAUCCGGCCGUUUGGGGAGACGGUAUCUGGCAAGGUGGUAAUACGGGAUAGCAUAGGCUCAAGCCGUGCUUGGGAAGACUAUGGAGUGCGCUUUGUCAGUUUCAAGGGGAUCGGCAAGGCUACGCCAAGCCGAGAUUCCGGGCCGCUGGCGCAGAUGGAGGAGGUGUUGAAGAAGCAGCUGGAUUCUUCGGAGGGCCUCAUGGGUGCAUCAAUACGGACAAAGGAUGUGCUGGGGUUCCCUGCAGCAACGCCCCUGUUCAAGUCGUACCUGCAACAACUCCUGUGCGCCGCACCCGCAGCGCCUCAUGAGACAUUUGGCCAUCCCGUGGCCAAUGUCAUAGCCAUCAGCUCUCGUAAUCCAGCUCCACUGGAAUCGCUCAGGCAGCUAUAUGCGGAUAGUACGACUGGUGACAGACACCUUCCCGACUGGGUCCACCAAGAAUACCUUCGGUAUUAUGUGCUGGUCCACGAUGAGGAACGAGAUGAUAUCACAGAAUCUACAAAGCUUUACGACCAGAUGAAGCGACACUUUGGACUGCAUUGUCAUCUUCUAAGGCUCCGCAGCAGUCAAUGCGUGGUGACAGAUGAUGAUAGUGUACAAGUUCCCCGGUGUGAAUGGCUCUCGCCUUCCGAGCAUUUGUCGGGGGCAGAAACGCUGGUUGACCUCGGCACCGAUGGCACACCAUAUCUGUUUGAUUCCGAUGCAACUGCGAUCAGGGCCUUCAUUCGAGAGCUAGUCGUACAGUCUGUGAUACCAUUCAUGGAAAAUAAGGUGGCUGUUUGGAAUGACCAAGUCGCAUCGCGAAGGCGCGGUAUCAGUGGGAGGUUCAUCUCAAUGUCAAAGCGAUGGGCUUUCGGAUCAAGUUCGCGUUCAAGUAUGGGCUCGUCAGGCGGCGGAAACUAUGAUUCAACGCAGCAUUUCUACACUCCAGAUUCUCCAGAGGCGGUAUUGCGCAAGAUGGCGGACUUUGCAUUCAUGCUUCGCGACUGGAAGCUUUCUACGUCCACAUAUGAGAUGAUUCGAUCAGAUUUUGGAAACGACAAAGCUUGGAAAUACCAUGCUGGCGCCCACGAGAUGUGCGCUGUCAGCAUGCUCCUAAAUCCACUGGCCACAUCUGCCAAAAUCAAGCUUGAUAGUGUGGACCAAUUGUUCGAGACUGCUUGCUAUUCCUAUCUUACACGUUGCUCCGAUGCGCCUCAUGCACUUCGUUGUCUUUCUUUGGCAGUCGAGCUUCUCAAAUCUCGUGGCGGGUCAGCCACCGAGAGCGCAGCCAAAUGGGCCAUGCGGGUCAUGGACUUUGGACUGGUUGGCUCGGUUGGUCAAAUCUUGUACACUGAAAGGGUAGCAGCGUGCUAUGCAUCAAAGACACCAGUUGGUGCAGCGAAAUGGGGCGGACGUCGUCGCAAAGCGGGAAUGUGGAGUACGCUGGCUGCAGACCAAUGGCUCAAGGCCGGCAAACCAACACUUGCUUCAGCCUGUCUAGAAGAAGCCGAGCGUCUCUACGCCGACGUAUUAGAGGCAGACGGUGUAUUCCCAAUGCCUGAGAUGCAAAACUUUGUCGACAAUCUGCGCCAUGCUAUCAAGGUUGAAUAUCUCGAGGCUAGAGGAUUUGACGCCAGAGGUGACUCUCCCACCGAAGACCCCCUUGAUACUGAAGAGAUCAGCGAAAAGCUCGACAAACGAAAUCAUCGCCGUUCUCUGAUUGGACUCCCUGUGCAGCUGGACGCCGGAGCCCUCAACCCGCAGGGGCCUCGGGACCCUGAGAACCCAAAUGAUGACUUUGAACGAGCUUAG